GUUUAAAGGGACAGUGUCACUCUGCUUCCUUCCUGCUUCCUGGAGCUUUGUAGCCUUCAAACGCGACGUGUUCAAACCACCAAACAUGUCGCGGAAAUGUGCAAAUAUUCCACAUUUAGGCUCUCGGAUGGUGUUUUUGAAUACAAAGCGAGCUGUAUGGUGUCUCACGUGGAGAGUGUGUGUACUCUGAGUGUUGUGAUGAUAGGAGAUGGGCGGUUUAAAGCACGCAUUGUCUUCAUUUUGCUUUUUAAUCCGUUGAAACAGGCGGAACAGGAAAUACCAACAUGUGCCGUGGUGGCUCCGAUUGUGAUGUUUUAUCGUGUUCAUGACGCCUGCCUUCUGAUGUGAUGUCUGAGAGAUCUGGCCGCUGCUCAUCAAAGCAAAAUCUACGACUGCUGUGUCAUCGUACCGGGCGACGCCAUGUGAGCUAAAAGCACGGAGGAUUCUGGACUGCGAGGGAUGACAAGGGAAGAGAAAAGCAGAACUGUUGGAUGAGAACUGAUGGGCUGUCCGAGCUGGAGACAGCAUGCCAACUGCAAAAGGUAAAGGUGGUGCGACGUCCCACCGGUACCGGCCCGCCUCGGAGUACGACAAUGCCACGCUCGCCCACAAGAGAGAAUACUGGAGGACCAAGAAACGAGAGCAGAGAGCUCGACUGUCGGAGAGCAGAGGGAAGCCGAGGCAAGAGAGUCGAGGAGACAAACUCUUACGUCCAAACGUCUCCGGCUCCUUCGCUGCUCUCGCUUCUCCUUUGCAGGGUCAGGAUGAGUCGCGCAACACGGCCGAGGACGGUUCAGUCAGAGCCAGCGAGCGGCAAAAGGAGAAGUGGUUGCAGACGAUGGAGCUCAACAAGGUGUUGCCUCAGGUGCCAGCUUCAUAUUCAGUCUCAGUGAGAGCUGCCGCCGGGGUCGACAGCGCCGCGGUGAAGUGCCCGAACGUGAGGGCUGCUGGGAUCAAAGCCGUUACCUCACCUACAGCCGCCCGUCUGAACUCCACCUCCUCAGUGCCUCCUUCCAGACCGGCCAGAAUCACCAACGGCAGCUCCACUAAAACACCUCAGCCAUGUGUGUCUAUGCAGGGAGCGUUCGUCCCCAAAACUCCACCGAAGGCACAAUCCCGCGUUCAGCCCAAACUCUCGCCCUCGAGUGUGACGACAGGUCAGACUUUCACAACUUGUCCUCCAUCAGAGGGCAACACAACAAACACAUCACCUCAAAGAGGAACAAAGAGUGCCUUGGCCUCCUCGCAGAGGGCUAAAGGUGUUUACGUCUGCAAACUGACUUCCACAGAGUCCGACGAGGAGAGAGCAGCGAGGCGCAGAGAGCACUGGCGGAUCAAGAAGCGAGAGCAGAGAGCGAAGUUGGCCUCUCGGUUACCUAAAACCAGAGAGAGGAUACAGGGCCCGGAGGUGACCUCACAGAGGCAAACAGCACAAAAAGCGGGACUUGCUGGUGUUUCACCUCGGACGUUCCCGAGAAGAGUCGGACAGAAUCAGUGUCAUGCUCGGGUCAAUACUUCUUUCACGCCUGCAAAACGUUUAGCCACGUUUAACCUGCAAGCAGAUCAGGUGAAAGUCCAGAAUCCACCGGGGAACAUGACAGUGAACGCACCUGAAGGGAUUUCGGUGAGAAGGGCGGGAGAGACACAAAGAAAGCUUCCAAUUUAUGUGAACCUCUCAAAUGUUUCCCGAGGGAUCGCACGAUGUAAAACACCCCGACAGAGAUUCAUCGACGCCCAAAAGACUUUCAUGAAUCAAAGAAACAUGAGAUGUAAAUCCCCGAUGCUUGCUUCCUUCUUUGGUACAAGAAACAUCCCCAAGAUAGAUCCCAAUGACACACCUGAGCAGAUCAUCGCCAAGCGGCGGGAGUACUGGCGGAUUAAAAAGCGCGAGCAGCGAGCAAAGCUGACGAUGGAGAUGAAGGCUCGUCUGAAGGAGAAGGACUGCGUCAUGCGGAGGGUCAAACGGUAUCAGAAGAUCCUGGAGGAGAUGAGGAGGGCGAGAGCGCAAUCAGCGGGAAGUAUCCUCGCCCACGCCUCGGAGGCCAUCGGCGGGUUCAUCAAAGAGGACGGGACGGUGAGCGUCAGCGUCCCGACGAAUCACAGCACAGCGGACGAGCAACACAAGCGGGAGCAGCAGCUGCUUUCCAAAAGCUCUCCCAUCUCAGCGCCUCACGGUCACCCGGACAACAAGCGCGGCGCCGUUGCGCCCAUCCGCGUGACUCUGCCGCCCCUCCGUCCGGCUCAGGUGAAGGUUUCCUUUCCUCUCGCUGGACUCAACAAACCUCAAAGGCUUCCGUCAAUCAGAGCUGAAAGCACAAGCGUUCAUAUCCACACUGUAGGCCAGCUCAAACUCACUCAUCCUCAGAGCCCUGAAAGUGCGUCCUCCGGAGGGUCAGCAGCAGGGUCCGGUCUCGGCGGAUGUGUUAUGAAAAUGGCCGUCUCGAGUAGUGUGACUUCCCCGUCAGCUUCCUGUCCCGACCCAGGGCUGACACAGGAGGAGAGGAUGGCGAAGAAGAGGGAGUACUGGAGGAUAAAGAAGCGGGAGCAGCGAGCGGCUCGGGCAGCCCGGCUGAAGCAGGGAAUGUUACAAGCGAGGGCCUUACAGAGGAGGAAGCUCCAGAGGCAGGCGACCGCGGCGCCACCCGACAGAACCGACACAACAGAGAGCGCCCAGCCUCUCCCCGGAAACAGCUUUCCUGCUAAGCCAAAUGCAAGUGGGAUAAAACAAGAGGCAGCAGUUGACCUAGAUUCCCCACCAGAGCAAGCCAUCUGUCCAGAUAUCAAACCCCCAACCCCUCCAUCACCCCCUCCAGCGCCUCAGCAGGAGCCUGACCCAGCUCUGAGUGCAGACAGCCAGGCUACCACACUGCUAGCCGUGGCCUCCAUGAAGAAACUUCUGGAGGAGUCGCUCAGCACGGUGACAGAGUGUAAAGGCGAGCAGGCUGACGUCAAGAUCGAGGACGAGGCUUCAGACGCCGAGCCCAAGCUGAUGCAGCUCUUCUUUGAGGAAGACCAGGUGGCUCCGAUCGCGGCUGAUCUGACUCUGGAGAUUAAAAGCUGGCAGGCGGAUUCUGAUGCUUCAGUGCAAGCAGGUUCCCCAAGUCUUGAUCUCAAAAACUCCCCCCCAACAAGCGAGCCACCGUCACCACUUCCCGUCUCCAACCCAACCUGCGAGAGCUCAUCCCAGACCUCCUCGAACUUCAUCGUGAAGCCCGCCGCGGACGCCUCCGACGGCCCGCCCUCUCCUCGCAGAACUCAAAGAAUCUGCGCCAAAAAGACCCUCGCUCAGAACAGUCCCCCAGAGCCACCGAGGCUGCACCACCUCCCUUUGGAUCAAACGCAACCGGAGCAGCGGCCACGCAAGGCCCCCGAGCCGUGCAGGAACCGCAGCGUUCAGUCGCCACAGAAGCAUGGCUGCGUGGUGACGGAGCACGGCGGGCUGAGCAGCCUGCAGAGGAAGAGGGAGUACUGGAAGCUGAUGAAGAGGCAGCAGAGGGCGCGCUUAAAGGCGGGGCAGAGGGACAGAGCGGGGGACUCGAGCAUUCGGUUUUCCCAGAGGAACACACAGGCUUCAGGUGUGGGCGUCAUCGACUCCGCUAAAGGUGUUGUUCCUCCAGUUAAACCCGCCCCUCAGCCCAGACCUCCCACUGCCUCGGUGACCUCGGUGACCUCUGUGACCGGUAUCCCGACAGUCCUGGUGGUGAGCCCUGCGGCGGCUACUCCUGAACGCUCACCUGACACGCUGCAGGUCAAAGUGCCCGUCAACAGAGCGUCCUGCUCAGAGCAGAGACCCUUCAGACCCUCACAGGUCGGGGCGGACUCUCUCGGGGCUCCAGAGAAUCAGAGACAAACCGCCACACGAUCAGGAAAGUGGAUUUGUAGAAGCACAGGCGUCGACUCGCCUCCUCCUCUCCCCACCCUAAAGCCCCCGGAAAACCCGCUCACCAGCAUCAACCUGCACCCCAUCGAACCCCCUCCUCAGGCCCUGAACCCCACCCUAAAAAUCCCCAGUGCCCACCUCCAGACCCCCGCACACACGGUCCACAAGCUGACCCCGAUCAGCACCAUGGUCCCUCCGAAGCGCGUCCUCGGGGAGCCUGAGGAGGACUUCCUGAGGAGGAAGAGGGAGUACUGGAGGAUCAAAAAGAAGGAGCAGAGAGCGAGGAAGGCCAUCAGGGAGAAGGGAGUCACAUCAAGGGGAUCCUCCAAUACCUGGAGGCCCAUCCUGCCUGCACAGGAGCAGCACACACAGGACUCUGAUCCGUGGGUGAACUCGUCUGAGGAGUCAGAACAUCUGAUGAGCCAAUCAGACGACGCCGACCCUUCAUCCUUCUCUUACCCCAACUACACCGCACCUCUGGAAGACGAGUCGGAGCUCGUGUUCAUGGACUACGAGAGCAGCGGCGCCGAGGACGGUCCGGUCUCCGACGCCGUGUGGAGGAGCGGGUACCUGAUGGACUACGACCCUCUGAACCAGCUGCUGGUGUGCAUGGUGUGUGGGGAGCAGCAGUACUCUCACAGCCUGGAGGGGGUGAGGGCCCACAUCGACGACGCCCACCCCGACACCCUGAACCUGGACCCCGGCGAGCACCAGAGGAUCCUGGAGGCCUGGGACGAACAGGUGUCCCAACGAGAGCGCUUCUUCACCAGCCAGCUGCAGAGGAACAGCGAGACAGAGACGGAAGGAAACUGAGCUGCAGACAAGACGACUGACGACCACGAUCCAGGAGGCCAAACCCCCCACCCUGAAUGCGUCUUAUUUAUACUUCAUACUUAUUUAUUUUUACGAGCUUCAUAAAACUCAUGAGAAGAAAAUGCUGUUUGGGGAACGAUGACCAAAAAGAGCUGCUUUACGUCGUUUCUUAACCGGGGCUGUGAUGUGUUUAUCAAAGUUAGCAUGGACUUUAUUUAUAAAGAGGUGUCCGUGGUGUUGCCAUGGUAACUGAUUUCUAAACCUCGAUAUGAUUUAUAGUCAAAAUCAAAAGAUGUCGAAACUCGUUUUGUCACCACGGCUUCAACAAUAGAAGUCCUCGGCAAACCAUAUCGGAUCAAACUCCGGCACACUGUCUCUACUUUGCACAAAAGCAUCACGUUGUCAGCGUAUUUGUGCAGAUUGUGAUGUCACAGAGAGAAGAAGAGCUUAACGUUUAAGUUGCCCCCAUUUUAUAAACAGAGUGUUCAUUUUAGAGACGGGGAAAACGAUUAAAGUGUGUUUGAAAUAUUUUUGAGUUAAAAAGAUGUAAAGGUGCAAAACAUUUCUUCAUCCUGCAGCCGGUGAACAGGUUGUUGACACACGCACCUCACAGCAGGAGACUAUCCCUGUCAGACAGGAGGGGGGGGGGGGGUCUCCUGAGGUCAAACGUGAUGUAAAAAAAAAGACGAGGAAGUGUCGAACGAAGUAACAGAGUCCUCUAUAUGAUGCUAUAAUUAGAAUAUUUGUCUUUCUAUCAAUGCUACGUGUAGUUGAACAGAAUCUCAAUGUGAACUAAAGAGUGGAGAAGAACAUACUGGAGAACAGGAAACAUAAUGCAGCAGGUUCAUUAGAGCACGGAGAUGGUAGAGGUGGCGUGCAGACAGUCUAUGGUCGUGCAGCGAUCACAGGGAAUAAACGUCACCACCCCCUCCCACUCGCUCCAGGUGAAUUCUCCUGAUUACAUCCUGCUGCGUUCUCACAUCAGCUCACUCUGACUUUCUGCAGAAUAAACACGAGGAGGCUGGAGGAGAAAAUCCGGGUGAAGAGAGAAACAUUCAGCUGUUUGUGUGAUCACACGACGCUCAGCAUGGAAAUAUCAGGAGUUUUUCAGGAGUGUGAAAAUCCUAUAAGUGUGACGUCACUCUCUACAAACACACCAGACUACAUUCACAAAAAGUCUUUUUACCUCACAGGACACUGGAGCUGUUGCUCUACCGCUGCCUCUAGCUUUGAGUUUGUUUGUGUCUUCACGUGACUUUUUAAUCUAGAUAGUUAGUUUGGAUCCAACAGGAUAUUUUCGUAGCUGAAAUUAACAUAGACAAUAGAUCGAUAGAGGCAGCUGUAGGUCGAGGACUUCCUGUUGUUUGUGACGUUAAAUUGAUGUUUUUGUCAGAGGGGUUUGGUGGUGGCUGAAUCCUUCCCAAAACUUUAAGUUUUUAAGUAAUUUAGACCCCAAAUGUGUAAAAAAAAAAGGAAAAAAAAGGCUCAGGUUGGUGAACUUCAAGUUCCCCUUUAAGAUGUGACCGUUUUAAUUUAAAAUAAAGACACACUGACUCUGUGGAGUCUGAUGUUGAGGUUAAAUUACACUCUGGUUUGACUCCUGUAACAGAUCAAUCAAACACUGAAGAGUUGACUGACUCUUUCUGUUUUGUAAAAAGGUUUCCCCGCUCUGCUGGCACGAUGCGUUCAGGUCCUCGACUGUUGUAGACUUUUAUAGCUCCUGAAUCUUUGCAUGAACGUUUUUUCUGCGUGCGUCUGGUUCUGCAGCGUGCAAACAAACAAACAAAC